GUUAAUUUCUACAUUGGAGCUGCACAAUGGCCUUCAUCCACACAAGUUUAACAAGGCUGAUGAGAUUUGCAGUCGAUCAGACGAAGGAUAUUAUUGAGCCAUUGGUGGUAGCGAAGGUUCUCACAGAAUUCAGUGAAAGUGAAAAUGAUGGAUUAUCGUGUAACGUCUAUUAUAAUCGAUUUCACGAAUAUCUGGCGCCGAUUAUGGCAAAACUUGAGGAAUAUAGGAUCGAGGAGCGAGUUCUAGUCAUGUUUGGAUUCGCUGCAGAAGUUUCCAAUGAUUUUCGGACACAAAUCAGAACAAUAGGAGAUGUUGAGUUGGAUGACGGAAAACGAAUUUGCAAAUUUACAUCGUAUGAUGGAAAGUUGAAAUUGCAAGGAGAUCACAAUAUUUCUGCAAGACCUAAAAAGCAGUGGCCAAUUAGAGUCACUCCUGCCGAACUUACUGGAUUUAUGAAUUAUCUCGUUGAAAAGACAAAGGAUACCAUUGAGCCUGUGGUUGCAACAAAAUUAUUCAGAGAAUUUAGUGAGCUUGAAGGAGAAGGACGAACGGACGGAGUCUAUUAUAAACGAUUUUACAAUCAACUAGCACCGAAUAUGGCAAAACUUGUGGAUUACAGUAUUGAGGAACGUCUUCGCGUCAUGUUUGGAUUCGCUGCGGAAGUUUUCGAUGAUUUUCUGGCACAAAUCAGAACACUGGGAGAUGUUGAGCUCGAUGAAGGAAAACGAAUUUCCAAGUUUACCUCAACUGAUGGAAAGCUGAAUUUGGAAGGAGAUCACAGUCAUGCGGCGAGAAUGAAGAGAAAAUGGGCAGCAUAUCGAAAUGCUUAUCGCGGUCGUCGUAGUGCGAAAGAUUCAAGGGAUACUAGAAGAAAAAGCGGAAGGAAGUCGGAUUCGGAAUCCUCUGACAAAAGUGACAGUGACGAGUAUUCCACAUCUCCGAAAAGAGCACGAGCAUCUGAAAGUGACGAUGAUGAGUAUAUUGGAGCAGUGAACGAAGAUCCAGAACAUAGACACUUUGAUGAUUUCCAUAUCGAUCAUUCGCAAAACUAUGAAGAAACAAUGGUAGAUGACGACAAUCAACCAAUUCCUGAGGAUCCUCCAUACGAAAGUGACGAGGUGGAAGGCCAGCCAAAACCUGAACCGAUUGAUUUCGAAUUUGAUCAAACCAAUAAUAGAGAUGUAUCACACAGUUUGAAUAUUAAUAAUUUGCGAGAAAAUGGAGAAGUCAGCAACAAUCCGUCAAUUUCUGAAAUAAAAGUUGAUUUUCCAUUCUUCGAACGUCAGCAAUUCAGUGUACCCACGAAUAAUGGAGCCACUUCAGCUGAAUCAAGAGCUAUUUAUAUGCAUGAUUUCCUGAAAGAAGUGAUCGAAUUCAUUUGCUUUCUCGAAAGGACAGAGCUCAUUGAGAUCAAGAAACAAAUCAAAAAAUCGAUUGGAACGGAUGAUGAUAAGAACCUGCAAAUCACUGAUAUUCGUAAAAUGCUGGAGUCAUUCUUCUUCGGGAUCAGCAGAAAAAUCAGAUCAGUUUCUUCCUAUAACUCGACUUCUUCUGAUAUGUUGGCGAAGGAUUUCCUGCUUAAAUUCAAGUUAUUUCUUCUCGGAUUGGACAAUUCAGAGCUUAUAGAGCUUCAGCGGAAGGUUCAAGCCGAAAUGGAUGAGCCGAAAUUGGCACAGAAGAUUCUUCUGGACAGCGACGUUCGUCAAUCUCUCCAAAACCUGCUCUUCAACAUUUCUCACUGAACUUUUUUAUUUUCUUUUUGUUAUAUCUGUCCAUUUUCUCCCUUUGUUCCAUUGUUCUGUUGUUUUUUCGUUGAUAAUUGUAAUUUCCACAAUUUCCUGUAGAAAAAUAUCGUUGAUUUGCAAUUUUAUUUGCUCUUGAAAUUUCCCUGUGUUGCAUUGUUCUGAUACGUUUUUGUUAGUAAUUUAUUUAUUUUUUUUAUCGGUUUUUUGUUCUUUUUUUUUCGAAGAAAUUUUUUGUUU